AUGAAAGAUGAAGGAGGAAAUGCUUUCUGUUAUCUGUUUCCAACUCUUGGAGAAGGACUAAGGUUGAGGAAUACUUCCAGAUUUGUGCAAAAAGAAUUGUCAUUUAUGCCAGACAUUCGUCGCCAACAUCUACUGGAUUUUAGUGCACCUGUAACAAACGGAGAGGACUGA